AGCUUCGUGCCGCCCCCAUUGAGACGUGAUUAAAACGGGGCCGGUAGCAGCGGGAUUAUUCCUGAAACCUGCCGACUACAGUGACGGAGAGCCAGCCGGAGGGUUUGGGACUCUGUGUCUGCCGGGCUGCGGGAAAAUAUGAGGACUGGUCUCGGUGUGAUGUGCCUGCUCGGGGCUUCCUGGCCUCUGAACAUUAGCUAGCUGACAGGAGCCAUUUGAAAUGUUUCUCCGUGCUAAAGGACGUAAAUGAACAGCAGACAUGAGCUGUUCCUCGGCUUGACUGGAGCAAUGCGAGAGGAGGCGCGGCGGCGGAGGAGCGGCAGGAGCUCCACAGGGCGGCUGCUGCUGUCUGCCAGCUCCCACGGAUGGCUUUACUGAUGCUGCUGUCCGAUACCACCGCCUGCGCUUCAGUCUAGCGAGCCUGGAAAUACGAGUUGACACACCAGUAAAGCCUACAGGAGUGGUGAUGAACCCAGUCUGCUGUCACUGGGAUCUACUGGCGACAGGCAGGAGCGUCUGUGGAAAACACGGAGACAUGACAUGCACAAGAAAAAAGAGGAAACGCAGCUUUGUGCUCCUUUAAAACCUUUUGUUUUUUAAAGGGAGUCCGCAACAGGCAGCACUCAGCCCUUUUCACACAGAUGUGGAGCAUUGACACAGCGUCCAUACAGCGUGAGGUGCUGCUGUCUGUCUUUAUUCACUGAUUGUUGGGAGCUUUUCGGUGUCGGUGUGUUGGAGCAGCCAGGUGGAUCGCUGUAGCCCGUUAUUCUCGCAGACCGCAACAGACGGCCUGCCUGCCACAGUCUGGAGGACGAGCGGCCCACAACAGUUUUUUUCAGGCUCUUGGAGAGGACCAGGACAUGAGCCGACAUACAAUGGGGCAAUGUGGAUUGAGGUGUUCCUGUUCCUUGUGAACUGCAGGUGGGAAGCCACCACGAGGACGAAGGAACGACUAGCAGACGGAGGAGGCGGUGGAGGAGUGGUGGCUUUGGUGUCUGAAGGAAAGGUGCUAUAUGGGUGGGGGGGCAAUCGGGAUGGCGAAUGGAAACGAGAGCAGCGAGGGGCCUGCAGGACCCAUGGCAGCAGUGGUGGCUACCACAGGAGGUAUGGUAGCAGAGAGUCCCUCCUCUGCUCUCUCUACCUACAUCAAACUGGUGCUACUGGGGCUGAUCAUCUGCAUCAGUCUGGUAGGCAACCUGGUGGUGUCUCUGCUGGUACUGCGGGACCAGGCCCUGCACAAGGCACCUUAUUACUUCCUGUUGGACCUGUGUCUGGCAGACACCAUUCGCUCAGCCAUCUGCUUCCCCUUUGUGCUGGUGUCUAUAAAGAACGGCUCAGCCUGGACCUACAGCGUGCUGAGCUGCAAGGUGGUGGCCUUCAUGGCGGUGCUCUUCUGCUUCCAUGCCGCCUUCAUGCUGUUCUGCAUCAGUGUUACACGCUACAUGGCAAUUGCACACCACCGCUUUUACUCAAAGCGCAUGACAUUCUGGACAUGCGUGGCUGUGGUGUGCAUGGUGUGGACGCUGUCUGUGGCGAUGGCUUUCCCGCCUGUUUUUGAUGUGGGCACUUACAAAUUCAUUCGCGAGGAGGACCAGUGCAUCUUUGAGCAUCGCUACUUCAAGGCUAACGACACGCUAGGCUUCAUGCUAAUGCUGGCUGUGCUCAUUCUAGCAACACAUGUUGUCUACAUGAAGUUAAUCCUCUUUGAGUACAAGCACCGCAAGAUGAAGCCAGUCCAGAUGGUGCCGGCCAUCAGUCAGAACUGGACCUUCCACGGGCCGGGGGCUACUGGCCAAGCAGCAGCCAACUGGAUUGCGGGCUUCGGCAGGGGUCCGAUGCCACCCACCCUGCUGGGAAUCCGGCAGAACUUGCACAACCAGAACCGGCGCCUGUUGGGCAUGGAGGAGUUCAAAGUGGAGAAGCAGCUUGGCAGGAUGUUCUACGUGAUCACCCUGCUGUUCCUGGUGCUCUGGUCUCCCUACAUAGUGGCUUGCUAUUGGAGGGUGUUUGUCAAGGCUUGCACAAUACCACACCGGUACCUCUCCACCACCGUGUGGAUGAGUUUCGCCCAAGCCGGUGUCAACCCUAUUGUCUGUUUCUUCCUUAACAAAGACUUGAAGAAAGGGCUUCUUUCCCACCUACCAGCCUGCUGCAGGACUAAACCUCAUCUGCCACGAGAGCCUUAUUGUGUCAUGUAAGCAGACAUGAUGAUCUGAACAUGAGAAAAAAUAAGGAGCAGCCAACAGAUGUGUUGUGGGAGUGAUUGCUUGAGUUAUUUUGGCAUUUGAUUCAAUGCAAGCUACUUUGAAGCAGUGGGUGUGAACUAGUGAGUGUCAUGGUAAAAAUCCUGGAAGGGUAAGCAUGUAUUUUCAUCUACGAACCCUUUUUUCACUCAAAACAACAGCAUACAUGGAGUCAGACCUUGACUUUUGAUAACAGGGGAAAUAUAUUUUAAUAGCAAAACAUGCAAGUAAUAAUGCAGUCAUUGUGGAAACCAAGCCAGACAAAUAGCCACAUAACAUGACAUAAGCUGCUUGAUGAAGAAGGUCAACAUGGCCAAUUAGAAAAGCCCUGGAUUGACACAAAUGCUGUUUGAGUUGGUUUGGUGACUGAGAGAAUGCAGAGGAGGUUUGCUAAGAAGCAACUCUUCUGGUCAAAAUCUAAAUUUUACUAUCAUGCUGGAUUAGUUUGUAAAGCCAGAUGAUGUUAGUUGUAUUAGCCUCUAUGAAUGUUUUCAGUGAUUUCUUACAUUAAUACAUUCUUACAUUUUGUUCAUGUGCUAGAGCGACACACGAAACGAGGGAGAGAUAUGCAACAAACAUUUCUGUUCAUAGUUGGCGUCUUAACCCCUGAUCUACAGGGGGGCCCCCUAACGGCACAUUUUUAAUUGGUAUUUCAUUUUAAAUAUUUGACAAUAUUAACUGAAAAAAAAAAGUUUUCCAGUAGUCCAUGAGCUUAUCAUUUAGAUUUCCCAACACUCUGUCCAAAGACAUUUGUUCAGCUGUUUAACUUUGUAGAGACAAUUAAAAAGAAUGAAGCUGAAGUUUUUAAUAGUCUGAUGGGACUCAGUUGAAAUGAUACAUUAGACACAUUACUGUAUGUCACAUUCUGGCCUGAAAAUGAUUUUAAAAUCAUGUGUGUGUUGUUAAGUCUUUAAAAAAAUGAGGAAACACUGUAUUAUUGAACUCAGCAGAGGGAACAAAGGCAGCCCAGCCAGAUGGUUUAGAGUUUGUAAUGAAAUCUAAGUGCUCCUAUGAACAUCGUCCACACAUAUCAUUACUGCUUCUUGUGUCUGAAGCAAACACGUCAGUGACAGGAACACCAAGAAAUGCUGUGCACCAGCUUUGAUGACUUUUGAUGUAUUUUCUUUGCGCUCAUCUUUGUUGACGAGUUAUCCAUGUCUACGCUUUCUGAACCUGUUACUCUUUGUGAACUGAAAUAGACUGGAUCUGUUGAUCUGUUACAGGGGACAGCAGAAGUUCUACUGCUGAUACACACGUGUGUUUUUAAUGUGCAACUGAUCAGCUCAGUUAAUAAUAAGAAGUUGAUUACAGCAGCUGGUUAUAGCCCACUACUAUUCCUUAUCUGAGCUUUGCACUUACAGAUGGUGCACGAAGGAUCUCCAGCAGCUGGGAUCAGAUACUGAGGGUGUGUCAGAAGUCACUUCCCAUUGGCUACCAAGUGCACUUUAUUUUCUUUACGCCAUUUUGAGUGUCUGAAUGUUAAGUUUAAAAAGUAUGAACCAUGUAGUGCCCUCAAAUUUGUCAUGUCCAGAGCAGGUACACUAUAUUUGUGUACCAUCACCUCUGGUCUUACAGCUGUGUGUAAACCAGCUCUCUAUAUUUUGACAGAGGAGGAUUAUAUGAAGCUGGAUGGUGACACACAGCUGACAGACUGUGAUAGUGUCCUGUGUUUUGGACUCUCUGUUCCCUCAAAGUCCAGCAGUAUCAAGACGACAAGAAGAUUUUCUGCUGGUCAGCUGAGCAAAUUUACUUUGUGAUUUACUCUGUCCCCACAUACACAUCUGUUCAAAUCCACUGAAAUGACUAGAUUCUGUUCUGAAAUUUUGCUGUUUCAAAUGCUGGUGUUACUGGGCCUUUAGUUUUUGUGAUGUGACUGCACUUGUCACUGAUUAUUCCUGUCUGAAAGCUCAACUGACUGAGUCACUACAAGUAGCUAUGAAGUGUUAAUUAUGUCUGACUGAGAGAACGAGGGAGAGAGAAAUAAAACAGCAGGAAGAAAACUGUCUUGCUGUCUGAAAAUCUGAGUAAAAAGAGCUACACCGGGCCGAGGAGGAGAAAUGUUGUUCUAUAUUAAUAAGCCAAAGUAAAACAGACACUGCAGAGUAAAUAUAAGUAUCGUCCAGUCUGCAGAAACUAUGUGGCGAUAAUGUCUCCGCAGGAUGUUUUUGUCUCCAAACACUCUUUUUGGCACAUUUUCAUUCUGUUUGUCAAUGGAAAGAAGCAAAACUUCCGUCUGUGCCAGUGAUGCUACCCUAAAGCGUUUCGCUUUCAUCUCCCGUGAAACACAAAACAUACAAUAAGGAAUUCUUUCCCGCCUCAAAAUGAAAUGCUGUGUGUUUAGAUUUUUUCCGAAGGACAAAUCAAAAGUUACAUCUGUGAAACGCGUUGACUGAAAAGAACUGACUGCUGAAGAAAAUAUUCUCUAGAGAGACUUCAUGUAACUGAUAACUACUUCAAGCUCUCCAGUAACAUGUCGACAGGUUUCUUUUGUUGCAUGUGAAAGACCGUAGAUAGCAAGUGAAAUGUGAAAAUACACAACCAAAGCACAGGCCAGGCUGUCUCAGCUGCAGCAGACACUAACGAGUAGGGGAACCAGUAGCUCGGUGUAGGGCUGAUGAUAUGACCAAAUAAACCUGGGGUCGAUUCACGAUUUAAAAUCGAUUUUUGAUUGUAAAAUGCAGGAGUUAAACAGACAGUUGAGCAAGAACAAUUAAACAUCUGCACCACCUGCAGGCCGUCAUCAUUACGUAUAAAAUACAGGUUAUCACACAGAUAUUUAUCCAGUUUAAUAAUCAGUGUGGACACAGACAGAGCAGGAAGGUCGGCUAACAGAUCUGCUGCUAGCUAGCGUUAGCUACCCAGCAAGUAGAGACAAACUGAACAAAAGUAGAAUCAUGAAACUGUUUCGUCAACUCAAAUCACUUCAACUGUCCUGAGAUGAUACGUCAUCGAGAAACACAAACCGAGAGCAGAGAUGAGUCAUUUUCAGUCCUGUAAACUGCAGCAGGUGAACAUCAUAGAUACAGAAUAUACAUGUAGAUAUCACAUCGCUGCUAGUCAUUGGGUCAACGUGGCCGCCAUAUUGCAACAGGGGGGUAGCUGCACCUCUGAAUGUGUACAAGUAUAUAGUGGGAAGAGAUCUACCUGCUCCUACAGCUGUCAUAGCUCACUGAAUUGUCAAUCAAUCAAUCAAUACAUUUUCCAGCAGCCUGGGUUGUCACAAAGUCAUUUAUGUGUAAUACAGAAUACUUGUUGAGCAAAAAUGAUGGUUUUCAUACCAAAAUACAAAGUAACAGCAGGCUAGUGGACUACGGUCCACCUUCUGUAGUUAUUUUAUUUCCUGUUUUGACUACUGUGCUCAUUUAAAUUUUAAUAGUUAUAACUAUUAAAAAUGUCAAAGCUUCACUGUUCAGUUUAAUGACUUUUAUGAUGAGUUUUAUUCAUAU